CCCUGCCUGAAGCUCCGCUAUCUUUAGCACUGCCACGGAUUACAGUGCGCAGUGUGUGGACAGACAGCGUCCUCUGUGCCACCUGCUCAGUUUAUCGCCGUGAGUACUUUGCGCUGAAACUCGCUCUCGGAAAAACAAAAAGAAAAACAAAAACAUAAAAGUGAUGGGGGAAUGACAAGGAACUCCCCGUCUUCGGUUGUCCGUCCCCCGUGAAGACCCCAAGGAUGCUGCUGCUCUCCAGCCCACGGGACGGACCUCAGUGCCGGGCCUCGCUGCUGCUGCUGGCCGCGGUCCUGCUCUGUGUCAUCCCCGCUACUGCUAGCCUCCCAGCUGGCAGGCAUUGCCCUCAUCAUAUAGACUGUGCCAAAGAGGGACGCCAGUUUUGCAAGCCUGGCUCCUCCCACUGCGGCCCCUGCCUCAGACCAUUGGAGGAGGACGAGGAAGGAAGCUGUGUGGCGAAGAAGAGGCACCGUCAGCAUGAUAAAAAUCCGACCUAUCCUGACCUGGAUGGAGAGAUCGAUUACCUUCACUCCUACAUCGAAAAACAGUCGUUGACAGAAAUCAAACAACCAAAAAAGCAAGUCAAACAUCCUGCUGCCGCCGACUCCCAGACAGAUGUUAAAAAAAGCAAGACAGAUUCCUCCAAACACAAACAGAAAAGCCUGCACACCGCCACUAAAGCCCCCCACCGUGCAACUACUACUCUUCCUCACACACCGACCCCCCAGCCUAGGGCCACAGCGGUUAAGGGCCGACUCGGUCCUAUAGUUGUGCCAGCACGGAAGAAUGACAGCAUUAUUGUCAUCAUGAUCUCAGUGUGUGUCGUGGUGGGUGCUGUGGCAGUGAUCCUGGCUAGCGUCUGUUUUAUCAAGCUGCAGAGAGAAUCACGUCUAGCUCAGAAGGUGGACUACCCAGCCUACGGAGGGACAAGCACGCCUGCUACCACAGCUAAUGGGACCUCAAUGGGAGAUAAAACUCUGGCCCAAAGUGCUCAGAUGUUUCACUAUCAGCACCAGAAACAGCAGAUGCUCUCAAUGGGAAACCACAAGCCUGAACAAAAAGGCGUUGACACUGAGGUCACCUCAGAUGAGGAAGAAGUGGGAGGAGAUUUUACAGUAUACGAGUGCCCCGGACUUGCACCGACUGGAGAAAUGGAGGUGAAGAACCCCCUGUUUGAUGACUCAACUAUCCAUUAUCAGGGGAAUCAAAAGUGAAUGCUGAACACUUAAAACACACAUAUACAUCCAUACACACACACACACAAGCCAUUCCUCUUGAAUAAACCACUUGAUCUAACACUGCAAGUGAUGAAAACAUGAUUGUUUUCUUUCAAGCCCUUCACUAAUUCUACCCGAGUGCGGCUUUUAAUACUACAUAUUUAUGUUGGGUUCCUUGUUAAUUUAUUUCUUUCACUGUUUUUGAGGGUUACUGUCUUUUAACAUAAGAGUCCUUCUUCUUUUGUUUUCUCAUAUAGUUGUUUUUUCCUGAUUAAAUAUCACACACAUAUCACAAGUUAAGAUUUUUCUCCUCCAUCUUUGUUAUUUUCCUUCAUUUCUGCAGCUAUUUCCAAAGAAUGUUACACAAAUAUAUACAACAUACAAUACACACGCACACACACACAGACACACAGACACAAAUACACAUACAUAAGCUGAGAAACAGGUGCCGUCCCUUGUUUUGUCAUGCAUAGCUAGUUGCUAAACCACAUUCCUAACAGAUACCCAGGAACUAUUUAAAUUCAUAUCCCUUUGAUUACCUCUAAAAAACCUUCCCUAACACAACACAAGGUUUAUCAUUGGAAAUGUUACCGUUGCUGUUGUUCAUUUUAUUUCUUGUUAUAUAAGCUGCACAGAAAGAUUUUAAGAUUAUAGAAUAUAUAUAUGAAAUUGAAGUACUUGAUGAUGUCUGCAUGGUUUGACUGUACUGUGUUUGAAUCAUGGCAAUGGUUUGAUCAGUUCUGCCUCCUAUAUGUAUGCAUCCUGUUGCUGGAGGAGGAAUGUACAAGAAACGUGACUUCACCCUUGAUUGAAAUUUGAAAGACAGACUGACAGAUACUGGCGGAUGUGAAGGUGGUAUUUUUGACUAUUGUGUAUCACCCCCCUCCCCCCUCCAUCCUCUUGACGGCCCCAAGUUAAUCUUGUGCUGCAAAAUGUACAUACAAAGAGUGAAAGAGUUCACUUUUUAUAGAUAUUUGUACAUGCAGACCAAGGACUGGAAAUAAAAGUUUU